AAUACAAUAAUUGAAGAGAUAAAGAAUAUAUCUGUUGUAUACCUGUAGUCCAAAUUUACAUUUAUAUUAAGCGUAAGCAAACGAAAGUUUACGAAAAUAUAAAAUCAAUCGAUUUAUAGCAUUUAUGUUAAAAAAAAAAAAUAGAUUUCUCGAUAUUUUUAAAGAAUUUCCUAUUACUUUUUUCUGGUUUAAAAUGAUCCGUUAAAAUUUUUAAGGAAAUGCAUCAAAAUGCAAAGAUAUCGAAGAAGCACGCACGUUAUCAAGUCACUCGGCAAAUGUAUCAGAGAGAUAAGAGUAUGAGUGCGAGGUUCAAUUUUACAAAUAUCUGGCGUGCCGCACCAUGAAUCGUCGACGACGAUUAUGUGAAGUAAAAAACGUUUACAGGAUACAAUGAAUAACACAUAAUGAAAAUAAUAUAUUUAGCAAAAUGAUUUCAUAACUUUUAUUACAAAUAAUUUUAAAUGAGCAGAAUCACAAUAGUAAUACAUAAAUGUAUCCGAUAAAAAUUGAAUAUAAAUAUUUUUACUUAUUAUUUAUUUUUAAACAUACAAAGAUGAAAAUAUGUCUAUCUGUUUAAAUAAAGUUUCCAAAUAAAUUUCAAUAAUUCAAUAUACAUAUGUAUAGUCUAUUAAAUUAUCGUUAAUCGUUAUUUAUUGAUUAUCUUUAUCGCGCCCAAAUUGUAUUGCAGCUUGUUUGAAUAGUAAUUUAAAUCUUUCGGUAGUACUUACACUAUUGUUUCCUUUUUCCAUAGCAGUGAUAGCAACAUAUCCGGCCAUAAAUUUGGGUACUACCGGCAUAUCACUCUACCUAUCUCAUCGCACGUGAGAUACAUCCGAAUCAUGCAUUUUCUUUUUCUGACUGGUGUCUGACCUAAAUUUAAAUAUUCAACACUUCCUUAAUUGUCAUCGUUUACUGUGUAUAUAAGAGCUAGUGGUGGACGAGCGUAAAGUUCGGCAUUAUACUUUGUAGAAAACUAAUAAAACAUUGUGGAAAACGAUAAUUUGAUCGUUGUCCAUAACAAUAGUUCAUUGUAGAAAGCGAGUUUUCGUGAAGGUUUUACUAAUAUCAUUAUUUACUAAAAAUGUUGUCGAUACUCUUCAUCUUAGGUAGUGUUGCAAUACAUGGACUGUCAGCUGAGUCGCUCGAACAAAUCACAAAAAUCGUGGGUGGUAAUACUGCCAGUGAGGGGCAAUAUCCUUAUCAAGCAUCUCUUCGUUAUGGCGGACAACAUUUUUGUGGAGGAUCUGUAAUAGAUAAAAGAUGGAUUCUUACAGCUUCUCAUUGCCUGUCCAGUUUUAAUGAUACGGGUAUUGAUAUUGUACUGGGUACAAACACUUUGGACAAAGGUGGCGACGGGUACUCCUCGAUCAAGAGAUGGAUACAUCCUUUUUAUAAUCCCGCUCUCAUCAGACAUGAUAUUGGGUUAAUUAAGCUUAAUAAAGAUAUCGUUUUUGGAGACAAAGUGAAACCGAUUGCACUACCUACCAAAAACUUCAACAAAUCCGAUUAUCCGGCAACAUUAUCCGGAUGGGGCACUACCAGUUAUCCGGGCGACACGCCAAACGAAUUGCAGCAUAUUCAGCUCACGGUCAUCAAUCAAAGGCAAUGCUUAAGCACCAGCUUUCGCAUCACCAACAAUAAUAUCUGCACACUCAACAAACAGGGCGAGGGUGCCUGUCACGGUGAUUCUGGCGGUCCUCUGGUAGCCGAUGGUGAACAGAUUGGCGUGGUAUCCUGGGGAAUACCUUGCGCUAAAGGACGUCCGGAUAUAUUUACACGAGUCUAUCCCUAUAUGGAUUGGAUCAACAAACAUAUCCAAGAGGAUAAUUAAUUAUAAAUAAUUAAUUUGAAUACUCUGUAUAAAAUAUUAUAAAAUUUUCGGAACAACGAAUGAUUAAAUACAUCUUAUGCUAAAAAUUAAUUUUUAGUAACAAGAAGUUAAUUGUCAGAUAGUAAAGUUAACGGCAAUUUUAUUUUAAUUGCGAGUUUAUUAUUCAUACAAGGUUUACGAUUAUUUUAAAAUAGUUUAUGCAAUUUUGUUUGAGUCAGAUAAACGUAAUAAAUAAAUAAAUAAAUAAAUAAAUUUAAGC